GCGUGCUGCACCCAGGAGUGGGAGCUGGGGUGGCUGGAAGCCCCGCUCCAGCCGAGUAGAGCGGCGCGCGGGGAGCUGGGGUGCUGCACGCCGGCAGGCCGGGCGGGAAAGGUGCGGCUUUGCAACAAAACAGUCGCCAGAGAUGCGGGGGCCGGCUCCCCCCACCAGUAGCUGCUGGUGGUGGUGACGAUGUCAAAUAACGGCCUAGACAUUCAAGACAAACCCCCUGCCCCUCCGAUGAGAAACACCAGCACUAUGAUUGGAGCUGGCAGCAAAGACGCAGGAACCCUUAACCACGGUUCCAAACCUCUGCCUCCAAACCCAGAGGAGAAGAAAAAGAAGGACCGCUUUUACCGAUCCAUCUUACCUGGAGAUAAAACAAAUAAAAAGAAGGAGAAGGAACGGCCAGAGAUUUCUCUUCCUUCAGAUUUUGAGCACACAAUUCAUGUUGGUUUUGAUUCUGUCACGGGGGAGUUUACAGGGAUGCCAGAGCAGUGGGCCCGCUUGCUUCAGACAUCAAAUAUCACCAAGUCAGAGCAGAAGAAAAACCCACAAGCUGUCCUGGAUGUAUUGGAAUUUUAUAACUCAAAGAAGACCUCCAACAGCCAGAAGUAUAUGAGUUUUACAGAUAAAUCAACUGAGGAUUAUAAUUCUUCUAACACUUUGAAUGUGAAGGCGGUGUCUGAGACCCCUGCAGUGCCAUCCGUUUCAGAAGAUGAAGAUGAUGAUGAUGAUGCUGCCCCACCUCCAGUGAUUGCUCCACGCCCAGAGCACACAAAAUCUGUGUACACACGGUCUGUGAUUGAACCACUUCCUGUCACUCCGACUCGGGACGUGGCCACAUCCCCCAUUUCACCUGCUGAGACUGAUCCCGCUCCAGCAGACGCUCUGGCCCGGAACACUGAGAAGCAGAAGAAGAAGCCUAAAAUGUCCGAUGAGGAGAUCUUGGAGAAAUUACGGAGCAUAGUGAGUGUGGGCGAUCCUAAGAAGAAAUACACACGGUUUGAGAAGAUUGGACAAGGUGCUUCAGGCACUGUAUACACUGCAAUGGAUGUGGCCACAGGACAGGAGGUGGCCAUUAAGCAGAUGAACCUUCAGCAGCAGCCGAAGAAAGAGCUGAUUAUUAAUGAGAUCCUGGUCAUGAGGGAAAACAAGAACCCAAAUAUCGUGAACUACUUGGACAGUUACCUUGUAGGAGAUGAACUGUGGGUUGUCAUGGAAUACUUGGCUGGAGGCUCUUUGACAGAUGUGGUGACAGAAACCUGCAUGGAUGAAGGCCAGAUUGCAGCUGUGUGCCGUGAGUGCCUGCAGGCUCUGGAGUUUCUGCAUUCAAACCAGGUCAUUCACAGAGACAUCAAAAGUGACAACAUCCUGUUGGGGAUGGACGGCUCUGUCAAGCUGACUGAUUUUGGGUUCUGUGCCCAGAUCACCCCAGAGCAGAGCAAGCGGAGCACUAUGGUGGGAACCCCGUACUGGAUGGCACCAGAGGUUGUGACGCGAAAGGCCUAUGGGCCCAAGGUUGACAUCUGGUCCCUGGGCAUCAUGGCCAUUGAAAUGAUUGAAGGGGAGCCCCCGUACCUCAAUGAAAACCCUCUGAGAGCCUUGUACCUCAUUGCCACCAACGGGACCCCGGAGCUUCAGAACCCAGAGAAGCUGUCAGGCAUCUUCCGGGACUUUCUGAAUCGCUGUCUUGAGAUGGAUGUGGAGAAGAGAGGUUCAGCUAAAGAGCUGCUACAGCAUCAGUUCCUGAAGAUAGCCAAACCGCUGUCCAGCCUCACUCCACUGAUUGCUGCAGCCAAGGAGGCAGCCAAGAACAAUCACUAAAACCACGCUCACCCCAGCCUCGUUGUGCCAAGCCUUCUGUGAAAAUAAAUGCGAAUUUCAGAACCUGACCCCUGACGCUCCGUUCCCUGCCUUGCUCCUCCCAUUUCUGGUCUAGCGCGCUCAAGACUUUGAUCCUGGAAAGCCAUGUGUCCAGCACUGAAGAGAACCGCAACUGACUAAUCAGAUGACGGCCGUUUCUAAAUAAGGAGUUUCCUCUCGAUUUAUAGAUUUGAGGGUGGUUUAUGAGCAAGGGCUUAUUUGAAUUAACCGUUGGAACUUAUAUUUCUAUAUAGAAAAAUCUUCUACACCCACUUCGUGCCCACCCCUGCCCAUCAGUUCUUGAAUAUAGAAAUAUUUGGCUUUAUAACAUCAUUUGUAAUCAGUCGGGAUUUCUUUAGUGCUCGAUUUUCUGUCCAAACACCUUAUUGUACUUGAAAAUUGGAGUACCUUGAGGAAUGCCAUGGGGGUUGAUAAUCCGCCGGCGACAUAAAGUGGCUCAUCUUCUGGACCAUGACUUGGCGCAGCUGAUCGUGAUAUGGGCGAGAGCUGCCAUGUUUUUCUUUGUGUGUGCUUCCAGCCGCUCUUUGGGAGGAUCUUGACCCAGCAGUCUUUCCCAUGCUAUUUCUUGUGAAAUGGUGUUGGCUACGUAGCAGCUUUUGACUCCCUAAAUUCCCUAGGCUGCUGCCCCCAUUCUGUCUUUGUUUAGAACAUUGAGAGGUUUCCUAGGGCACAUGCUGUAUGAGAACAAUAUGAGAAGUCGGGGGGGGGGGGGGGAAUGUAGCUCCUUUUAGAACAAGGCUGGGCAUCAGCUCUUGUCCAGCUAUACCUAUGUGAUGUUUCAAGAACUCAACCUGUUUUUACAUUUAGGGUAAACUGCUGGAAGAUUAACUCAGAUCUGAUGGCCUAAAUCUUUGGGUCAAAGAGGAGGAUCUCCAAAUCUGAGAUUCCCUGUUCCUGUUGGACUGAUCUGGUGGCCUGAGGUGAUACUCUGCCAGCCGUGAAGGGACCCUGUUUUACAAUGCAUGGCCAAGCUGUCUGCAAACGGAAACGCUUGCACCAAGUGUUGGGGAUGUUCGCUACCUCCUGCUAUCUUUGUGGUUUUGGUCUCCCCGCUGCGACGGGACCCCUGGCCAGCACUGUGGCUUGUCAUGCCGGCCCUAUUGGCUACCUUGUCAGGCUCUGAGGUGCCACUGCCUCUGCAGCACAGGUUUUAUUUCCUUCAAUAAAAGGAGAUGAAAAUAGCCUA